AUGUACAGCUUUAUGGGUGGUGGCUUAUUCUGUGCCAUCGUGGGCAACAUCCUGCUGGUGGUCUCCACGGCAACAGACUACUGGAUGCAGUACCGCCUCUCCAGCAGCUUCGCCCACCAGGGCCUCUGGAGGUACUGCAUGUCCGGCAAGUGCUACAUGCAGACCGACAGCAUCGCCUACUGGAAUGCGACGCGGGCUUUCAUGAUCCUGUCGGCCAUGUCGUGCUUCGCGGGCAUCAUCGCGGGCAUCCUGUCCUUCGCCCACUUCUCCGCCUUCGAGAGGUUCAACCGCUCCUUUGCUGCAGGCAUCAUGUUCUUCGUUUCAACGCUGUUUGUUCUGCUGGCGAUGGCCAUCUACACCGGGGUGACGGUCAACUUCCUGGGCAAGCGCUUUGGGGACUGGCGCUUCUCCUGGUCCUACAUCCUGGGCUGGGUGGCCCUGCUCAUGACCUUCUUCGCAGGAAUAUUUUACAUGUGUGCAUACAGAAUGCAUGAGUGCCGGAGAGUGUCCGGCCCACGUUAAGAGGUGGC